UAUAGAGAGAGAGAGAGAGAGAGAGGAGGGUAAAGAGAGAGAGAGAGAGAGAGAGAGAGAGGGAGGGAGGUAAAGCUAACUACCAGGGAUCAAAGACACAUGGACACUAUUAGAAGAUCACUGCUGAGACAGCCUUCCUCCUCUUCCUGCUCUAUCUAUCAUCGUCACUCAGUAGGAGCGGCUGAGGGUAACGAGGUGGGUGGGAUUGAGUUGAAGCUCGACCAACCAGAGUCCGAGGAGGAGCUGGAAGCGGAGCCUAAAGGUGACAUCACUGCCUUGGUGUUACGGCAACCGCUGCAUCACAGGAAGACCGUCAUUUACCUAUGUCUCUCAACACUCAUAUUCACUACAGCGUUUCUAUUGGGCUACGUGGCUUUCCGUGGGUCGUGCCACUAUUGUGGUGUUGAGGGGGAGAUGGCCCCUGCGGAGGAUAAGCCUGGAACUGACCAUGACAACCUGGUGGGGGGUAUGUACCUGGGGGAACUACGGGACAUGCUGAAGAAAUACCUGCAAGACGAGAAGAUAGAGAGCACUGUCAGGCGAGUCAGCAGGACGACCCACCCAUCGGGGUCCUCGGAGGGCACAACUCUGGCAGCAGAGAUACUAGAGGCGUUUAAAGAUCUCCACAUGGACCACACCUGGACCGACUCACACUAUGCUACACUACAGUUCCCCUCCAGGAUCCAGAGGAACUCUCUAUGGAUGGUGGAUUCACAGGGAGAGGUGUUGGAGGAGAUUCCUCUGGAAGAUCCAGACUCCUACUGUGCCUACAGCGCUAUUGGCACCGCCACGGGGGGCGUGGUGUAUGUCAAUUACGGCCGCCAGGAGGAUUUUGACUGGCUGCAGUCUGCGGGAGUGUCUGUGGUUGGCUGCGUUGUCGUGAUGCGUGUGGGGGGCGGGGUUAGUUAUGCUGAGAAGGUGCUAUUGGCUCAGAAGGCUGGAGCAGGCGGAGCCUUGAUCUAUCCAGAUCCUGCUGACAUCCCUCAGGACCCUCGACGCCUGGGGCUGAACAGUUACACCGCUAUAUCAGAACACGUCCAUCUGGGAUCAGGUGACCCCUUCACCCCUGGCUUCCCCUCCUUCAACCACACCCAGUUCCCGCCCACACAGUCCUCUGGCCUGCCUGUCAUCCCUGCUCAGCCAAUCAGUGCCAACGUAGCCUCCAAGCUACUCAGUCAGUUGACCGGUCCAGUGUGCCCGCGCGGUUGGCAGGGCCGGCUGCCAUACGUCCGUUGUGUCCUGGGGCGGGGCUUCACCUCUGCAGACGGCAGGAGGAUCAGGAUGGGGGUCUACAACACCAUGACUCCUGUUCUACUGAACAACAUCUUCUCUUCUCUGGAGGGAAGGAUAGAACCUGACCAGUACAUUAUAAUGGGGGCCCAGAGAGAUGCGUGGGGGCCGGGGGCGGUGAAGGCCGGGGUUGGAACAGCCAUCCUGCUGGAGCUGGCUCGGACCUUCAGCAACAUGGUGCAGAACGGUUUCUACCCCAGGAGGAGUCUGUUGUUUGUUAGUUGGGACGCUGGAGAUUUUGGGAACGUUGGUGCCACAGAGUGGUUGGAGGGUUACCUGUCCAUGCUACACCUGAAGGCUGUGGCGUACUUCAGUCUGGACCAGGCGGUUAUGGGUGAUGAUAACCUGUCAGCCUACACUAGUCCUCUACUGCUCGAUCUAAUAGAAUCUGCCAUCAAACAGGUGGAGCAUCCUAAACACACAGGCCAGACCAUCUACAGCCAGGCAGAGAAAGAGGGGGGCAGCUGGAAGAUUAUUAAGCCAUUGUACCUGAACAGCGGGGCAUAUAGUUUCACAGCCUUUGGAGGAGUUCCUGCUAUGGAGCUACGCUUCAAUGAGGACUCCCGCCCCUACCCGUUUGUCAACACCCCAUUGGACACCUCCGGGCGACUCCAGGAAGUCCUGGGGGGUCGUCUGGGGGUCGUAGGGCGGAGCCUAGGAGAGCUGGUUGGUCUGAUGGUGCUGCGAUUGGCUCACGACCACAUCCUGCCUCUACGCAUCACUACCUACUCCCAUACUGCACUGCAGUUCAGCGCCCAGCUCAACAAGCACUCUGCCGAGCUACAGGCUCGUGGUCUCUCUCCUCAGUGGGUGUUCAGUGCUAGAGGAGACUACAGCAGAGCAGCUGAGACCCUGCAGGAGGCCAUACUGAACUCUGAUGUACAGGACGAGACUAUGACACGUAUCUACAACACACGCAUGAUGAGGGUAGAGUAUUACUUCCUGUCCCAGUACGUGUCUGUGGUUGAGACUCCGUUCCGUCACGUUAUGCACGGUCGGGGGGAACACACUCUGAGUGCUCUCACCGAACACCUUUCUCUACUGACCUCCGACCCCAGGCGCUUCAACGAGGCCCUUUUCCGACGGCAACUAGCCCUGUUCACCUGGACAUUGCAGGGAGCCGCCAACGCUCUGAGUGGAGACAUUUGGAACAUAGACAAUGUCUUCUAACAUAAACACAUGUAGAGAUGCAUACACACAGACACUAUACACACAGACACUAUACACACAGACACUAUACACACAGACACUAUACACACAGACACUAUACACACAGACACUAUACACACAGACACUAUACACACAGACACUAUACACACAGACACUAUACACACAGACAUAUACACACAGACACUAUACACACAGACACUAUACACACAGACACUAUACACACAGACACUAUACACACAGACACUAUACACACAGACACUAUACACACAGACACUAUACACACAGACACUAUACACACGGACACUAUACACACAGACACUAUACACACAGACACUAUACACACAGACACUAUACACACAGACACUAUACCAGAUGACACUAUACACACAGACACUAUACACACAGACACUAUACACACAGACACUAUACACACAGACACUAUACACACAGACACUAUACACACAGACACUAUACACACAGACACUAUACACACAGACACUAUACACACAGACACUAUA